GUGAUCAGUGCUAGUGUGGCGGAGGGAUACAGAGCUAACCCCAUUCCAACCACGGCGAAUAUACACACCUCUAUCUUGCUGAUAGAACUCCAUCUAAGGAACGAGAGCACUCGUAGUCUGCUUCUUAGAUAGGCUAAUCAGCUCAGACUCGUCAAACAUGGCCGACCAGCUAACAGAGGAGCAGAUUGCAGAGUUCAAGGAGGCGUUUUCCUUAUUCGACAAGGAUGGCGACGGCACCAUCACGACCAAGGAGCUGGGCACAGUCAUGCGGUCGCUGGGUCAGAACCCCACAGAAGCCGAGCUGCAAGACAUGAUCAACGAGGUGGACGCAGAUGGCAACGGAACCAUUGACUUCCCAGAGUUCCUCACCAUGAUGGCCAGAAAAAUGAAGGACACAGACAGCGAGGAGGAGAUCCGUGAAGCUUUCCGGGUAUUUGACAAGGAUGGCAACGGCUACAUCAGCGCGGCGGAGCUGCGUCACGUGAUGACGAACCUGGGGGAGAAGCUCACAGACGAGGAGGUGGACGAGAUGAUCAGAGAAGCAGACAUUGACGGUGACGGUCAGGUCAACUACGAAGAGUUUGUACAGAUGAUGACUGCAAAGUGAAGCUUGGCCACCCUGUUCCGCCCCCUCUUAGAAGAAAAAAUAUAUAUAAUGUUUUACUUACCUCUUGGAAAAAAAAAUGUUCAUUUAUUCAUACCGUUUCUGUAUAGAAAAUUAUUGAAUGUUGAAAUAAGAUAUCCUUCUGUCCACACAGAAAAACACAAAAAAAGAUCAUAACAAAAAAAUAAAUAAUGACAAAAGUACAAAAAUAUCUGCAUGAGAAAUGGUUAGUGAUCCUGUCCCCAAAGAUAAUUUUAGCAUCAGUACUUACGAGAAAAAACGUAUCUGCUACCUUCCAACUGAAGCGAAGCAUUUGGCGAACUCCUUCCAGUUCCAUUUGCUGGUGGUGAAGUUUGGGCUGGUGGCCACCUUGUCUUCUGUUCUUCAUGCAUGCAGCUUGAGACUGCAGCCCUUCUCCUGCCAGUCACAGCGUGCAGAUUCCACUGGCCUGUCCUGUCGUUGGUUUGGUACAGUUUUUUGUAUUUGGGAAAGGAACCUGGUUCUGAUUCAAGAUGAAAGUGGAACGGGACUUAAUUGUAUGCUAGUUAAGAGAUAUAAAAAUACAUAAUGUACAAAAAAAAGAUAUAUACAUUUUCAAAUGUAAGGCAUGUUUUUCUUUUGUUUGUUUUUUAUGUUUUUUGGACGGCCAUCUACUAUUUGUGUGUCCUUCCUUGAAAACAGGAAGUGCUUCAGAGUCUUACAGUGAGAUUGUCUUCUUUUUUUUUGUCCUCUUUCUGACAAAGGAGAAUCAAUUUCUUCAUGUUAUUAUUUUGCUCUGUACCUUGACUGGGACGCGAGCAGGGUGGGAAGCGUCAUGGUCUGUGUCGGCAGGCUGUCAGGAGUAUUUUAUUUGCUGUUCCGCUGGGUUCAGUUUACAUCCAUUCCAAGUUGUACAUGCUAAUAGUCUUUCUUUUUUUUUCUUUUUUUUUUUUUUUCAAAUAAAAAAAGACCAUGAACUUUAA